AUGCAAGUUGCAAGCAGCCCGAUCGUGGUGGGAGACAAGAGCAAGGCGGCCCCGUGGUACUCGACCGAGGCCCGGAUCUCUCCUGAGGCGCGCGAGAUGCUCCAGGAGUACGCCGGAAUCCCUCCGGAAGAUGUCAAAGACCACGUCCUCACAACGCGCGAUAAGAUCUGGGACGUCUUCCCCUACCCUUGCAUUGGCGAGUUCCACUUCCUCAACUUCAACCUCUCCCGACGGCCCGGCUAUCCACACAUGAUCGCCAAGCUCCAGGACCCGGACGCGCGCCACCUCGAGAUCGCGUGCUGCGUGGGCCAGGACCUCCGUAGGCUCGUCCACGACGGCGUUGACUCAGCCAAAACGGUCGCCAUCGAGCUGGAGCAGGGCUACAUUGACGCAGGCUACGAGCUCUUCCGCGACCGGGACACGCUCCGGACGCGCUUCGUCAACGCCGACAUGCUCGACGACCGCAGCGCGGAACUCGACGCGCUCGAGGACUCGUUCGACACAGCGCACCUAGGUCUGUGCUUGCACCUGUGGAACAGGGAGGAGCAGAUGGUCGUGCUGGGGCGCGUGAUUCGAUUACUGAAGCAGAAGCCCGGCGUGGUCAUCUUGGGCAAUGCGGCGGGACACGCGGACGGAAUCGACGUGCCGGGCGUCGCGAACAAGCCAGCACUGAGGCACAACCAGGAGUCGUGGGAGAAGCUGUGGGCCGAUAUUUCAACGCAGACGGGGACCAAAUGGAAAUUGAAGACGGAGGUGUCUGACUACAUUGGAACCAAGGGGUUUGAAGAGAGGCCGAGUUGGUGGGACAAGGACAUGCGAUUCCUUGGGUUCGAAGUCACGAGAGUAGAAUAG